AUGUCAUCACCCAACGUCCCAGCUCUGGCAACCCUACCCCAAGGGGAUGAAGAAGGUUACGAAGAGAAGAAUGUCCAUGAAGUAUACCAGCAAAUUGCCAGCCAUUUCUCUUCCACGCGUUACAAGCCUUGGCCCAUUGUGGAACGCUUCCUCAAGGAUUUGAAGCCUGGAGCCAUCGGAUUAGAUGUGGGAUGCGGGAAUGGCAAGUAUCUGGCCGUAAACCGGGAUGUCUUCAUUGUUGCUUCGGACAGAUCCGCAAACCUGGCCCGCAUUGCUCAAAAGCAUCAGCCGCACUCCACCAUCGUAGCUGAUAUUCUUCACCUCCCACACCCGGAUUCCUUUUUUGACUUCGCCAUUUCCAUUGCCGUGAUCCACCACCUGUCCACGCCAGAUCGAAGAGUCCAAGCCAUUCGCGAAAUCCUGCGCACGUUGAAGCCAGCCGCCGAAGGUUUUGCGGGUGGGAAGGCUCUCAUCUAUGCUUGGGCCCUGGAACAGAAAAACAGCCGUCGAGGCUGGGACAAAGGUGACCCGCAAGAUAUAAUGGUUCCCUGGGUCAUGAAGGGAACUCCUUCCGCAGACACUCCACCUGACCAGCCAAAAGUGUUUCAUCGGUAUUACCAUCUUUAUGAGGCCUAUGAACUGGAGCAGGACAUCAACAGGGCAGGAGGCCAUGUCCUGGAAUCGGGGUAUGAAAAAGACAACUGGUGGGCCAUCGCGACGCGGACAGGGGCAGAAUCAUCAUGAGAUGCAUGAGAUGCUGUAAG